AUGGCCUCCCUGCAAACCUUGACCAAGAGCUUCUCAGGAUGGGUUGUCUUCUGCUGCUGUUGCUGCCUCCCUCUUUUUCUCACCAGCCCUCUACCUCCACAAGGGGUAGGGGUGGCUUCUACCACCCAUCAUGCCUGCAGGCUCAAGAAGACCCUCUUCCAGCCACCCUACAUCAGGAAUCGCACCUACACUUUGGCUAAAAUGGGCAGGGUCUUGGACAAGGACACGGACAACAGGCUCAUUGGACAGCAGCUCUUUGUUAACAUUAAGGAAAACAACCGCUGCUACAUGAUGAAGAGGGUUGUGGAGAUUGUAGUGGAGGAUGUCCUGCUCACUGAGGCCAAGGAGAAGUACCCACUGGCUAAGGAGGGAACAGAGUUCUUGGCAUUCCUGACCUCUGAGGAGCUGAGGAGAUGUGAAUCCUCAGGGCAGAAAGAGCACAUUGAAAAGAACCUUGAAGAAAUGAAGACCAAAAUGGAACAGUUGGGAGAGAACGGGAAGACUAAAGCCAUUGGAGAACUGGAUUUACUGUUUGAAUACCUAGAAAAUGCCUGCACAGAUGCCCCAAAGAAGGGAGGGAACAAGAAGAAAAACUGA